UUUAUAAAAACAUUUGUUGCGAAUUUGUUGUAUUUAUACAUUAUCAAGCGUAAUCUUCGAACGGAACCUUGUUUAUAGAAAAAAAAAUUAACUGCGUAAAACCUCUGUGUAUCACCUGAUGCUCGAGCCCUGAAAUUACGAAAAGUAGGCAGCUGGCUAUUGGGGAAAAUCUUCAGACGAUUUCAUCAGAAUGGGCAAAGAUUACUACAAGAUUCUUGGCAUCGAGCGUAACGCAUCCAGCGAUGAGGUCAAGAAGGGCUACAGACGGAUGGCGCUGCGCUAUCAUCCUGACAAGAACGACCAUCCACAGGCCGAGGAGCAGUUCAAGGAGGUGGUGGCCGCCUUCGAGAUCCUGUCCGACAAGGAGAAGCGCGAGAUCUACGACCAGUUCGGUGAGGAGGGCCUGAGGUGCGGUGACGAACCGGCGACCUUCGCCCAGCCCACGUCCGAUAUGCUGCCGUUCAUGUGUGCCGUUGGCGGAACCGUGCUUUUCGCCUUUGCUGCCUAUAAGACAUUCCAGUUCUUCACACGCAAAAAGGAGCCGACGGGCAACAACGAUGGCUCGUCCUCAGACUAAGGAUCCAUUCAGGACUACAAGGAUCAUACUCGAAUUAAGUUAUAAAAAAGACUAUGUAAGGACUAUUUAAUCUGGCUAUGCCUGUGUUAUUUAACAUUAUUGUUGUUGUGGUACAUCGAAAGGCGACUUGCAAUGCUGCUGCAGAGAAUAUAUUUUCAGUGGAAAUAUGUAUAUACUCGCCAACCCCGAUUAAUCAAACUAUUCAAAAUGAUUUACGAUUUCUAUGUUAAUAUCUUAAUUUAAUAAUUCUGAAUACAAGGCACUAUAUGUAGCCGCAUAAGUGUUUGA